GAUAUCAGUUUUUAAAGACCGGCAAGCUCAUCACAGUAUACAAGACUUACGCGUUGAACAGGUUCGUUAAUUAAAUAAUGUUAUAAUUAUAUUAUUAAUACGAGAAAUUAUAGACAUUCGUUUGGUUAACAUCAUAGAUAUAGGAGAUCUAGAUUGCUAACGCAUACCUAGCGCAGGCGGGGCCUACAUGAUAAAUCCAAGAUGGCGGUACAAGAGGGCAAAAAGACUAUAGAUUCUAUUACGAAAAUCAAGAUUUUUGCAUUUUUUGCCGUCGCAUUGUUUUGAAACUUAUUCGGUCAAAUUUUAUGGUAAAGAGAAACUUACCGCGAAGAUUUUGAGCAUAUUUAUGAUUGAAUUGGAUGAAAACUCGCAAAAUUAUCCAGCGAUAAAAGUUCGUGUAUAGUACUGAUAUAGUACUAUAUAUGUAACUUGUACAGUUUUGCUUUAAUUUUUGCUCACUAUUUGCAUGGAAAGCAAAUUAUAACAGACCAUAGGUGAUAGACCCUUAUCCAGUGCUCUCAUCAGUUUACUUCUCUAACAAGCAAGGAGGGGGGGGGGGUACAUAACAGUUCAUUUUUCAUAAUUAUGAGGACAGAGCAGAUGAUGAUGAAAGAUGCAAGUAUAAAACACCAUUCACAAGACUAAAUGUUAACAUAGCACAGUAUUUCUGGCAAUAAAACGAUCCAACUGACCAACUGACCAUUUCACACGAACUUUUAUCGCUGGAUAAUUUUGCGAGUUUUCAUCCAAUUCAAUCAUAUAUAUGCUCAAAAUCUUCGCGGUAAGUUUCUCUUUACCAUAAAAUUUGACCGAAUAAGUUUCAAAACAAUGCGACGGCAAAAAAUGCAAAAAUCUUGAUUUUCGUAAUAGAAUCUAUAGUCUUUUUGCCCUCUUGUACCCGCCAUCUUGGAUUUAUCAUGUAGGCCCCGCCUGCGCUAGGUAUGCGUUAGCAAUCUAGAUCUCCUAUAUCUAUGGUUAACAUGCAUGGUUAGAGCAAACUGGCAACAUAUUAAAUUAUGUACGUUUCCUAUAUUUGAGAGACGCUACUGGUAUUUUUUAUCAAACCGCAUCACACCCCAUGAAUAUAAUCUCCCAUUCGUCAUCAAUUUUCACUUCAUACUUCAGUCUAACUAAAUUAGAUCAUAAUCAGGACAAAACAUGCAACAGCCUAUAUAAAUAUCCAGGGACGCCGGAACUGGGGGGGGCAGGAGGGGAAGCCGCCCGCCCCGAAAAUCUGCCCCCUUGCCUUCACAUCGUUCCGGCGUCCCUGUAAAUAUCACAGAAACGUUUUUGUAGUUUGUUGCUAUGUAAUGUGAUGUCAUGCACGAAUAGUCAAAUAAUACGCACAUGCACAUUUUAUUAUGAUUACCUUCACACUACGUGACAAAAAGACAGUUACUUAUGCUUUUCUUUUGGAUUUGUUACCAGUUUAAAUUUGUUUUUCACCUGUCUCCUUCUUUGUUGACAAAAAGAAGCCAUAUUUUUUACCCGUGUUUUUGACACUGCGAAUUUAGGGUGUGCAUUUUGUCACGUCUGCGUCCUAGAUUUACCACAUCUUAAGCUCUCUAAUAAUUAAAAACAGCGCGGAAAAGUCACAAUUAGCCGUCGUGUUCACGCAAUGCCGGAGCGAAAUCAUUUGAAAACGUCCGACUUUGCCGUAACAAUUUGAGCAAGAUUUCCAAACAGAGCGAGAUGAAAACGGAGAGCAUGGCGGCUUCAUGUGAACAACGCCUCUCCGUCCGUUUUGUUCCAUUUUAGUACCCAAGCCUAAAAAAAAUGCCGGAUUGAGCACUAGCCCUACGAUUUUGGCAAGUGUGACUUGAAAAUGCAACAGAGGUUGGCUAGUAUAGCUAAUAGACGAAAACAACCAUGCAUUUGUAAUGGCAUUGAACAAGCCUAUUAGGCAAGUUAAGAAAAAGCGCAAGCGUAACUUCAGGCAUUGGACUCAUUGGUGGGAUCACGAUCUAAGAAGUGUCAAUUCAAGAUAAAUAACACGAAAAUUUUGCAUGUUAAGAGACAUGCACAUUCAAUUAUUUUAGGCGUUGACGGAAGGUUACGAUCAUAGUAAAAGUUCUAUCAUUGUUAUCAUAGUAAAGGUUCUUUCACUGUAAACCACACUGUAUUUUAGCUUAUUAAGCUAUUUAGUGAAUGUAAUAAACUACUAUUAUUACUAGUGUGGACUGGCUAAGCGAAAGCGUAUCGAAACUUAGUCCGCUAACGUAAAAUAUGGCGUCAUUAUUUCGCUUCGGCGUGGCGUGAACAUAGAUGUCUUAUAUACACUAGAUAGUGCAUCUAAUUAUUCUGCAAUUCAAAACUAUUGUAGCCGUGAUUGGUAUGUUUUCUAUUUCUUAAACAGGGAACUUAAACGUUAAGUUAAACCUAUUCCAAAUACAUUUUCAAACUAUUCAAAUGAUGAAAGUUAUUGUUGUUUUUUAAGCUUUUAUUAGCGAGUGGGAAACUGCAACAUGGCCGCCAUCUAUUCAAAUGGGGGUAACCGCUAGAAUAUUCUUGGCUUCAAUUUUACUAAAAGAGAUGCGCUAUCUAGUGUAUAUAAGAUAUCUAUGGGCGUGAACGUGUGGUCGAAAACAAACGAAAGCAAAUAGUUUGUACGGCUGUGAACGCCGCACAUCUUAUUUAUACAGGGUGUCUAAAAAAAACGCUAUGGAAAUUCAACAGGCUGUUGUGCAUCACAAACUUAGCUAAACAAUUCAAUUUUUACAUAGGACGAAAGAGCUGUUAUUUAGCUUUUCAAUGAUACCUUUCUUAACCAUAACGAUGAAAAAUGGCCACAUACUCUUCAAAUAAAAAUUGUCGCUCGAAAUCACAUUCUUCCACAGUUGGGAAUUGAAAAUACAUUAAUUAUGCAAAGUCAAUCAAUCCAAAAGCAACGCGAGCCCGCUGCAAGGUAUUUGUCUCGUAAAACGUUUUGAUUACGAAUGUUCUCUGUUCAGUGGUUAAUUGAACGAUGUUUAAUGCAAUAAUGGACGUUCUUAUUGUCACUAAGACAAAAAUUGACGAGUUGCAAUUGAGCUUAGUUUAGAUAAUUUAACAUUCAACUUUAAUUCCCUCUUGGGAAUUGUUUAUGUUUCAUUUUCCAUGCAAUUCCCAACGGUGGAAGAAUGUGAUUUCGACCGGCAAUUUUUAUUUGACGAGUAUGUGACCAUUUCUCAUCUUUACGAUUUAAAAAGAGUAUCAUUAAAAAGCUAAUUAAAUAACUGUUCUUUCGUCUUAUGUAAAAAUUUAAUUGUUUAGCCACGUUUAUGAUGCACGGCAGCCUGUUAAAUUUCCAUAGCGUUUCUUUUUAGACACCCUGUACAUGCAGCCUAUUUCGAUUAACACCGCGGAAAACGUCUGCGUAUGCGUCAACAUUACUGAAAUCUGCCUUGCGAACGUGGUGUCAAGUAUGUUCCGAAGGUUGUCAAAAACUCAAAAUAGAAUGUUUUGCCUUUUCUGUGAAAAUGAAAGCGAUAUAAAUAAAUAAUGAAUGUGACAACCUAAAACUUAGAAAUAUUUACAGUCUACAUGUGCAAGAAAUAGUAUUAUGCAAAAAAAUGAACCAUGCAAUGCAGGUGACUGUCCAGGGCCGCCCAGAGGGGGGGGGGGCAGGGGCAAAUUGCCUGGGCCCCGAGUUGCUGGGGGCCCCUGAAAAAUUUUUGUUGGGCCCCAGCCUUUUUUGUGUGUUAAAUAUUUCCGCGCAAAGGACAAGAUAUCUGUUUUCUUGGGCUAAGUACCGAAUUUUGGCAUAAAAAAAUGAGAUAAAGUCCCUCCAAAGCAAUUGCAACGUACUCGUCCGGAAAAAUUUUGUACUCCGGAAAGGGGGGGGGGGAGGUUGUUCUCCGGAAAAAAAAUUUUCCGUGAAAAUUUUUUUCGAUAGGGGCCCCUAAAAAAAAUUUGCCCCGGGCCCCCGCCAACCUCUGGGCGGCCCUGUGACUGUCGAUAAAUUUAUUGUAUAAAAAGUUCUUUAACUGAACCAUAACAAAGAUAUUUUUGUAGGUUCAUAUUUUUCGAAGGUUGAUACAUGCACAUUUUUCUCAAUAAUUUCUUUUGCGUAGAACCAAUAAAUAAACUUUAUGAAUCACUGGGAAGAUUUAGGAUAUUAAGAGCAUUAUCUUCUUAAAAGUUAGGUCUAAUAAACUUCUGGUAAUUGAUAAUUUUGCACAAAGCUCUCGAUACAUCCUCGUUCAAACCAGAUUUUUAAAAACUUAUUUUACACUUCUGUAUUUACUUUAAAUGUUAGAGGACUCAUGAUUAAGGUCUGGUCUACCCAUGUAUUUUCGGUAGUUUCUUGUUUGUUUGACUUAGAUAUAGCGAGUGAGUAACAAGAUUUAAAAUGUUCGCCAUUUUUAUUAUAUCGACUCUUGUACUUUAGGCAGAAUUUUCUGAGCUUAACCUUGCCAGUUACUCGGACUCGGGAACAGUGGUUGACAUUCAAGUUAAGCGUGAAGGAACCGUUGUUGUCAG